GUCAGUUGGGCUUUAUCUUUCCUUGAAUAACUAACUUGUAUAAUCUUCUUUAAAAAUCAUUAAUAAUGAGUGAUAAAGAUAAAAUAAUUUUUGGUGGAAAGGCAACAAUAGAUUUUUCGAAAUCAUUUGGAUCUGUGGGAGAACUUCUUUACUAUUAUUUGAACAAAAAUCAGGACAAUGCUGGAAUUAUUGAUGGGUUGACUGGAAGAAAAGUGUUUUACAGGGCAAUUAAAGAGAAAGCCCUGAAUUUGGCAGAAUUUUUCCGUCAAAUUGGGAUAAAAGAAGGAGAUGUAAUUGGAAUUUGUAGUGAAAAUCGCCUAGAAUUCUCAAUUACUCUCUAUGGUGCACUAUUUAUUGGAGCAACGAUAGUGGGAAUUAAUUAUUUUUACAAUGAACGUGAAUUGACUCAUACCAUUCAACUGACACAACCAAAGAUGAUUUUUGUAUCAGAAUAUGCAAUUGAGAAGAUUCUAAAUUUGUCAAAGAAAUUUUCCUUCAUUGAAAAUAUUGUACAAUACGGAGAUAUUGUACUAGUUGAUGGUGUUCGUGCUUUUGAGGAUAUUUUCAAGGACAAGAGAUAUAUUAAACCUGAAGAGGAAUUUGCAUAUCCAUCGAAAGAUUUAAAUAGAAAUGCUCUGAUUUUAAUGUCUUCAGGUACAACAGGACUCACAAAAGCAGUACAGAUCACUGAGUGGAACCUUAUGGCUACAUUGGGAUACUCAAAAGAAUCCCGAAAUGGAAUAGAUAAAAAUAAGGAACUCGUUGUUAUGAGUGCCACCCAAUGGUUUCACCCGUUUGGACUUAUUGGGCAAAUUUGUUGCGCAGUUGAAGGAGUUACUCUCGUAUUUCUCAAGAAAUUUGAAGAUCAUCGAUUUUUGAAGUGCAUUGAAAAGUAUAAAGUCACUCAUUGUUUAAUGAUUCCUCCCAUGAUGUUUCUGUUUGCCAAUAGUCCUCUUAUCAUGGAUUAUGAUUUAUCUAGUCUGCAAGAUUUGUACUGUGGAGCAGCUUAUCUGAGUGAAAAAUUGGAAACUGAUAUUAUCUCGAGAUUACCUAACCUCAAGGCCAUUCGCCAGGGGUAUGGCCUUUCAGAAACGACAUUCGGUAUCUUAAACAAUGAUGGUUUAAAAAAGACCAAAUUAGGAAGUGUUGGUAUAGUCGCCUUAGAAACCUACGGUAAAGUCAUUGAUAUAGAAAGUGGUAAAAUUCUUGGGCCAAAUCAACCAGGAGAAUUGUGCUUUAAAGGACCUCAAAUUAUGAAGGGAUAUCUUGGAAAUGAUGCUGCUACGAAGGAAGCAAUUGAUUCUGAGGGUUGGCUUCAUACGGGGGAUCUUGGUUAUUACGAUGAGGACAAAUAUUUCUUUUUUGUGGAUCGAAUUAAAGAACUGAUCAAGUACAAAACAUAUCAAGUACCACCAGCUGAACUUGAGGCCCUGCUCCUAUCUCAUCCUAAGAUAGCUGAUAGUGCAGUUAUUGGGCUUCCGGAUGAGGCUGCUGGAGAACUUCCACUGGCCUUUGUAGUAAGGAAACCAAAUGAAAAAAUCACUGAAAAACAAGUUAUGGACUACAUUUCGGAAAUUGUAUCUGACUUCAAACAAUUGCGAGGAGGAGUAAGAUUUGUAACCGAAAUACCAAGGAAUGCAACUGGUAAAAUUCUCAGGCGAGAACUGAAGAAUGUUGUUAAAAGUUUGUCAUUUUAAAUUGUAAAUUAAUUCUUAUUUUGUAUUAUAACAUGAAAUUAUCAUUCACUAAAUAAGUAUUGUAACCUUUGAAUUGGAAAUACACAUUAGUGGCACU